UGUAAGUAAGAGAGCGUGUGCACGAGAGAGAGAGAGAGAGAGAGAUUGUCUGUGUAUUUUUGUCAUGUUGUAUUAUGCUCUCAGCUCAUGAUCAGAUUAUUAGACCUGAUGUGUGCGCAAACUGGACUUUUCUAAGAAUGAAGGAGCGAGCGCACGCACCUGUGUCCAGCGGGAUGUGACUGCAUACAACCAUCACAGUCCCCUCUUGGGUCCUGACAUGGUUCUGUACUGUAUGACCAAGUGUUGGUUGCCAUGGUACCCAGAACCCUACAGGAAAGCUGUUUGCUAUUGCUAACAAUAGACUCACCCUGCCCCGCCCAAGUGCUGCCAUCAGCCAAUCAGACUCCAUGGAAAACUCCUCCUCCUUGUCAUGGUGGGAAAACAGCAGCUCGUUGGUGCUCAGAACUCUCUGGGUGACUCCCACUACUCAGGUAACAGAGCAGGGCGUGGUGGGGCAGGAAGUUGGUGGGCAUGUCCUGAGCGUGCCACUGCAGGUGUUCUUUAGCGUGGUGAUGGUGUGUGUGUUGUUGUUGGCACUGUGCGGUAACGCGGUGGUGUGUGUGAUGGUUUACCGCCGCGCCGUCAUGCGCUCCGCCAUCAACUUCCUGUUAGCCAAUCUCGCCUUUGCCGACAUGGUGCUGGCGGUCACAGCCAUGCCCUUCGACCUGGUCACCUUGGUGACGGCACAAUGGCCGUUUAGCUCCACCCUCUGCCGGACAUCGGCCAUGUUCUUGUGGCUGUGCAUGUCGGUGGGCGUGGCCAUGCUGUUGGUGAUCAGCAUGGAUCGUUUCCUGAUCAUCGUACGGAGAGAGGAUCGCCUGACACCACACCGUGCCAAGAUCCUCAUCGCCGCCUCCUGGAUCCUGGCUUUUUUCCUGGCUUUCCCACUGUUUCUGGGAUACCCGUCGCUGCAGGUACCCCCAAGUGCACUCCAGUGCAUACUCACCUACUCCCCUGACAGUGGUUACCAUGGAUACGUGGUGGUCCUGGCCCUGUUCACCUUCUUCAUGCCAUUCACCGUGAUGGCAUUCGCAUUCGGCAUGAUCCUGAGCUCCAUUAGACACAAUGCGCUUCGGAUCCGUUGCGACUCUGCUCUCUCCCUGUCUAAACCCCGCCCCCUCCACCUGAGCGUGGACGUUGGCUUUAAGACGCGAGCAUUCUUCACCAUCCUGCUGUUGUUUGUGUUAGCGCUCGCCUCGUUGGCACCCCUGGUGGUGUUCAGCCUGUGUGCGGUGUUCAGCAGUGCUGUGUAUAGUGGGGCAGGGCUUUUCCAGGUCAGCGCCUGGCUGCUGAUCCUCAGCUUCCUGCGCCCUGCCCUCAACCCACUCAUCUACUACUGCCGUAUCAGGAAGUUCCGCCUUGCCUGUGCCCGCUGGGUGCCCUCCCUCUGCAGACUCCGCCCACCUCUGACCAGCAGUGCCCAGCGCAGAAUCCAGCCCAGUGCUGUGUACGCCUGCAGUGACCAUCGCUCCAGCAUCUGAAACACACACGCACACAAUACACGCACACAAAAUAAAAAAAUAAGAGACCACUGCCCAAUCUCCAGAUGUGAACCCUAUUGAAAACCUCUGGAAUGUCAUCAAGAGGAAGAUGGAUGGUCACAAACCAUCAGGUAAAGCUGAGCUGUUUGCAGAAAGAGUGGUAUAAAGUUCCCCAACAGCAGUGUGAGAAACUGGUGGAGAUCAUGGAGCCAGAACCCAUGCAGAUCGGGGUUAUUCCACCAAAUACUGAUCUCUUAAUGAUAUUUACACAAAACAUUAACACAAUCUGUUUACAAAUGAUUUACAUUUUAUUUUAUUUGAGUUAUUAAAGCUCUGCAUGAUCUUGGGUUAUUUUGAUGUGAUGUCAUUUCCUUUAAAUAUACACUCGAAACUUGAAACUGAUUAUUUUGCAGUAGUCUCUUAUUUUUAUCCAGAGCUGUACACACAUACACACACACACACACACACACAAUACACACAUACAAAAUACACACACAAACACACACAAUACAUGCAUACAUACACAUACACACACACACACACAAACACACAAUACACACAUACAAAAUACACACACAAUACACACAUACAAAAUACACACACAAACACACACAAUACACACAUACAAAAUA